AUGGCCGCCGAAACAGACACUUCUGGCGCUCUCGAGGCUGCACCCUCAGGUAUCACGCCCGAAACCCUGAGCGCAAAGCUGAAAGAAAUCCUCAAUGCGACGUACGUAUCGAUCGAAGACAUGUCAGGCGGGUGCGGACAGGCGUUCAACGCCGUCAUCGUGUCGCCGGAGUUCGAGAAGAAGACGUUACUGGCCCGGCAUCGGUUGGUGAAUAAUGCGCUUAAAGCCGAGAUUGCGGCUAUACAUGCCUGGACGCCUAGAUGUUUGACGCCUGAGCAGUGGGAGAAAGAGAAGGAGAAGAUCGAGGGUUGA